GAGAAGGAGAGAAUGGGGAGGAGGGCGUGGAGCGCCAGGGAAGGGGUGAAGAGAGGGGCAUGGACGAGCAAGGAGGACGAAACCUUGGCCUCCUACGUCAAGGCGAAUGGCGAAGGCAGGUGGAAGGAAGUCCCCCUGAAAGCCGGCCUGCGGCGGUGCGGCAAGAGCUGCCGGCUGCGGUGGCUCAACUACCUCCGGCCCAGCAUCAAGCGGGGCAACAUCUCUGACGACGAGGAGGAGCUCAUCGUCAGGCUCCACAGGCUCCUCGGUAACAGGUGGUCGCUCAUUGCGGGCAGGCUGCCCGGCCGAACAGACAACGAAAUCAAGAACUACUGGAACAGCACCCUCGGGCGGAAGGCGCUGCCGGUCCCGGAGCGAUCUACCACCAGGAUGGUCGCCACGCCAUGCACCUCCGCCAGCUCCGUCUCCUCCAACCCCGGGGCUGCUACAACAAGAGCCAAGGCUGCGACGCCCAAGUUGUCGGCCGCAGUGUGGGCGCCCAAGCCCGUGAGGUGCACGGGCGGUCUCUUCUUCAGCCGGGAUGCGGCGCCGCUCCAGCGGGUCACAGAGACGCGGGCCGUGGGUGGAGACGGAGAUGAGUGCAGCGGCAGCAGCUUGGCGGCAUCGUCGGGCGGUGGCGACUGGAUGGACGACGUUAGAGCCUUGGCGUCGUUUCUUGAGUCCGACGAGGACUGGAUUAGGUCCCUGCAGAUGGCAGAUUAACGCUCACACACUUGUUUUCAGCACGUGCAUGUUUAUCACUACGUACGUACGAACAGGGAGCUGUAUCGUACCCCACAAAUGUGGUACGAUACAGCUCCAUGUACGUACGUUGGCUUGGUGUUGAGUACUGACUAAUGAGUAACUACGGCCUGUGAUCCAGUUCUAAUCAUAUAUACUCACACUCUCUCGAGCCGUUUAAUUAGAUGGAUGGUGUAUAAGUGUAUGUGUGUACACGAGCAUCCACAUUUUGCAUUGUAUUGUACUUCUAAAUAAGAAUAUAAUUAUUCUUCAA